AUGUCUCGAAACGAAAAGCAAGCCUCUCCUCCACCGUAUUCAGAGUACAGCUCUCCGUCCUUACGCGGCCAAACCAUACUCGAUCAAUUAAGCACAACGCGCACAAACCACAUCCAAUCUGUGAUCGAGAGGCAUGUAAUUCCUCUCAUCGAAGAACACGCUACAUACGGCAUCGCCCAAACAACCAUCGCCAUGCUUCCCUCCGACAUCCCCUUACCCGCAGUGGAAGAAAAGUCUGAAUACAGCUUCGACACCUCCGACUCCAAACCGGUGGAAGUAGUCGGUUUCUCCUCAGAAGAGGAGCCAAAAGUCGUACGCUUAGAAGGCCAGAUGAACCGUACAGAGUUCUGGAGACCUCAAGUCGUGAUUGUGGAGCUGGAACGUAUGCUAGGCGAAAACUUGAAUGCGAAUCCGGUUCUGAGGAGUCCGAGAGGGGACGGGAGAGUCGGAGCAGAUAGUGGGCAAAGGCAAUCAAGAAGAGGGUUUCUGAGUAGGGUCAUGCCAUCGUUGGGGCCGGAGCUGCGCUCGCCGAGCGGGAACCCAGAGGUCGGCGUGAAGCAACUGGAACAAGGAAGGAUGGUCGUGGUGAAAGCUAGGUUGGAGGAGAUAUGUCUGAGGACGGUCAGCGAGUUUGGCUUGUACGAUACCAUGUCGAAGCAGUGUGUUAUUAUUCGGGUGGAUGCGCGGUGUUGA